AUGGGACAUCUUUCUUUUAUGUCUUUGUUUCUAAUAUUUGGAGUCGUCAUUUAUUUGGAAUUGACGCUGUUUUCAAGAUUAGUUUCUGGUGCAAUGACUAUGCCGCAAAUGUAUAAAAUGAUGGAAACAAUGAGAACCACUUGCAGUGCAAAGUUUAAAGUCACUCAUGAAGAAAUGGAUGGUUUAAAAGUUGGAAAGUUUGAUGAUAACAACAAAGAAUUGAAAUGUUACACUUUUUGUGUAGCACAAAUGGCUGGAACUCUCUCAAAGAAGAACGAAGUAAGUGAGAAGAAAUCAAUGGCACAAAUUGAAAAGCUUUUACCUGAAGAAAUUAAGGAGUACAUGAUUGGAGCUGUUCAGGCUUGCAAGGACGUUCAAAAAGAUUAUAAAGAACCUUGUGACAGAACAUUUUAUACUUCUAAAUAUAUUUCGAAUGAUUAUGAUGAUGACAAUUUUAUUCCGUUGUCAUCACAAUUUGUUACGGUACCAAGAGUUCAUAUUUCACCUUGUCCCGAGACUUUCCGAUAUGCUUUCAACGGAAACGAAUGGCUGGGAUUGAUUGCAAUAAAAGCAGCACCGAUUGGCAGACCAUCAAAAAUUAAAAUAAUUCUUUCAAUUGGCUUCCAUUUGAAAUCUAAAUACACUGGCGAGAUAAGUUUAACCAAAGAACGAAGUAGAGUGAUAAAAGACAUAUCAAAAGGCUUGCCAAUCAUGUAUCGAAUAAGAUUUCCUAUCCAAAAUCCAAUCCCAAAAGUAACAGAAAUUUAUUACAACGAUCGACUGAUUUGUAUGGGACAAAAAGACGUAGGUCAAUUUACAACUUCAAUAACACUUGAUCAUACUCUCUACACUGGCAUUGCUUCAUCAAGCAAAGUUACAAAGAAUGCAAAUAAAAGACGUCAAAAAUCGUCACCGCCUGUAAUUUUCCAACCAAUUCCUACUAAAGCAUCGAAAUGGACAACUGACAACAAAGACGUUGAAUUUGAUAAAAUUAAUUUUGAGUGUGGGUUAUCAGAUUAUGUGAUUCCCAAAGCUUCCGGUCUGAUUAUUGAUGGUAGAACAGCUUCACGUGGACAAUUUCCUUGGCUAGCGGCUUAUUACCAUCAUGGUGCAGGAGAUAAUGGAUUCAUUUGUGGUGGAAGUUUAAUCAGUAGAAAACUUGUAAUCACCGCAGCACAUUGCAUACAAGUUAAGAAAAGUAAUCUCAGACGAAAAGCAGAAGAUUCAUCGUUCUUCAUUGGCAAACACAAUUUAGAGUCACUUCAAGGCGAACAAAAUUAUAUUUUAUCAAAUGUCGAAGAAUUCGUCAUUCAUCCUGAUUGGAAUAUAAAUGAAGAUUCUUACGACGCUGAUAUUGCCAUUGCUGUUUUAACAAGAACCAUUCAUCCAAAUAAAUUCAUAAAACCGAUUUGCAUAUGGGAAACAUCAUCAGGUUACGAAGAUCUCAUUGGUAGAAAGGGUGUUGUGGUAGGAUGGGGGAAAACUGAAACGAACGCAUUAUCAACAACAUAUCCAAAAUGGACAGAGAUUCCUGUCAAAUCACUCUCAAAAAUGUCUGGAUUAUCCGCAAACUUAUGUUUGUUUGGUGCAACACUUUGUAAUAUCGCUGUUCUUGACAAAGAUCUUUUCUCAAGUCGAGGAAAUGCACCGCCAAUCGGAAAUGGUGGUUUGAUUCAUGCUGCUACAAAUAUUUUUGGAGGCAUUGGUGGUUUUCUGUCAGGUCGAGGUCCUCCACCACCUCCAGUGUCAAGGCAAAGCGCAGCGCCACAUCAAUCACCAUGUGAAAGAAAAUUUCAAUACGUUACCGAUGAUCGAGGAAGAGAAUGGGAAGGCAUAAUCAAACUUAAAAAUAUCAAUGUCAAUCAUGAUACGGUUUUAGAAGCUGAUUUUAUUCUUCCACAGGGGCUUCCACGAAGAAGCUACAAUGGUGGAAUAAAAUUAGUUAACGGAAUUAAUUCAGUUGGUCAAGAUUUGGCAAAUGGUUUGCCAGUACUUUUUGAAGUAAAUUUCGCUUCGCAAAAUCCUGUGCCGAAAUUGAUUGCGAUUUAUAAGAAUAAUAAGAGAAUAUGCAGUGGUCCGAUAGACUCGCAACGUGGAGUAAGCUCAUUUAAAGUGAGUUAUCGUCUCAAAGCACCUCGUGGGCCUUUAAGCGACAAAACAGAUGACAAUUUCAAUUCUGAAGAAGAAUUAGAACCUAAUCAACCUGACCAGCCACAACAACCAAAUCAACCAAACCAACAGCGACCACAGCCCCAAAGUCCAAAUCAACAGCGACCACAGCCACAACAACCAAAUCAACAGGGACCACAGCCACAACAACCACAAUUUCCAAUUAAACGAGAUGAUCCAUCUUCUUCUUCAUCACCCCAACAAGUUAAUCAAUUUCAGAGUGAUGAAGCAGUUUGUGGCAUUCCAGUAGCGGGAUUCACCCAAAGUUUGGUCAUUGGAGGUCAAUCUGCAGGUCGAGGAGAGUGGCCAUGGUUGAUUGCUUUCUACAGAAGCGCAAGUGGAAAUUUGGAAUUUAUUUGUGGCGCAUCGCUUAUCUCAAGUGGAUAUUCAUUGACAGCAGCGCAUUGCAUCCAAGAUAAAGGAAAAAGUUCACCUAUGCCUCCUAAAGAAGCGUUGCUGUUUGCUGGAAAACAUAAUUUAAUAGAAUGGAAUGAACAAGGAUAUGUUAAAAAAGGAGCUAAAAAAUUAAUUGUUCAUCCUGAUUGGAAGCCAAAUCAAGUCGAUUAUGACGGAGACAUUGCUUUAAUUGAGUUGGCUUCACCUAUUGAAUAUUCAAAAUUCAUUCGACCAAUUUGUUUAUGGGAUAAAAGUACUCAAUUAGCCGAUGUUGUUGGGAAAACUGGCAUUGUUGUUGGCUGGGGGAAAAAUGACGAGGGAAAAUUAAAUACUGAUUUCCCGAAGAAAGUGAAUGUGCCGAUUGUAAGCGAUGGGCAAUGUUUAAGAACACAUGAAGCUUUUGUGCACAUUACUUCAAAUAGAACGUUUUGUGCAGGAGGACGAAAGGGAGAAGGACCUUGUCAAGGAGAUAGCGGUGGAGGUCUUGUCUUAAAAGAAGGUAGGAAGUGGUAUUUAAGAGGCAUAGUAUCAGCAAGUCUUCGAGAUGGAACCAGUUGCGAUAUAUCGAGUGCUCCAGGAUCAUCAACAACAAAUGUUCAACCUGUAAUAACAGAAUACUCUAUCAGAGUUCCGAAAGCAAACAAGAAUAAGCAUCAUGUGAUGAGGUUUAAUUAUAAUUUAAAUGUUGAUUUCUCUCAAUGGCGCACGGUCAAAAUGGAACGUGAGAAUAAUCAAAGAGAAUUUAAAAGUUUUGACAAUGAAGAUAUGCCUAAGUUUGGUGCUGGUUCUGAAUACAAUAGAGAUCAGAAAGAAGAAGCACGUCGUAAGAAAUUUGGUAUUAUCGCAAAGAAGUAUAAUCCAGAUAAUCAACCUUGGAUAUUGAAAGUUGGAUCCGGUUCGAAAAGCGGGAAGAAGUUUCGUGGCAUACGAGAAGGCGGUGUAAGUGAGAACGCAGCUCAUUUUGUGUUCACCCAAACAAAGGAUGGUUCAAUCGAAGCUUUUCCUUUAAAUGAAUGGUACAAUUUUCAACCUAUUCAAAGAUACAAAGCGCUCACAGCAGAAGAAGCUGAAGAGGAGUUCGGUCGACGAAAAAAAUGUGUCAAUAUGUGGUCCAUGAAGAUGAGAAUGAAACUCAAGAAUAAAGAUGAUGAUGAUGUAGCUGAGGUAGAUCCUGAAGAUGUCAAAGCAGUGAAAGGCUCUAAAAGCGAGAAAAAGAAACUUCAAAUAAGUGAAAUGGAUGAAUGGAUGGACUCAGAUGACAUGAGUUCUUCAGACGAUGAAGCAGAUGGUGACAAAAAACGAGAUGCUGAGGAUAGCGACAAUGAUUCGAAAUCAAAACAAAAGAAAGAAAAACUGCAAAAUCAGAAAAAGAAAAAGAAGAAAAACGAUGUUGAUGACGAAGCAUUUGAGGAAUCUGACGAUGGUGAUGAAGAAGGGCGUGAACGUGAUUAUAUAUCAGAUUCAAGUGAGAGUGAAUCGGAGCCUGAAACAAAAGCAAACAAAGAAUUGAAAUCUGUCGCUGAAGAAGAUGCGUUACGUAAACUUCUAACUUCUGAUGAAGAGUCUGAUGAAGAAAAAUCAGAGAACAAUGAGAAUGAUAGCGAUGAUGAUAAGAAAAAGAAGCCUGAAGAUGCUGUCAAAGAAACUGAUGCGAAGGCUGAGAAAUCUAAGGAAAGAAAGAAAGAAGACAAGACAACGAAAAUGCAAAAGUUUGUUGACGCAAUGAAUCAGGGACCAAACACUGGCAACGCAAGUGACUUUAGUUCUGAUUCUGAUGAAGCUGAUAAUGAAAAAAAAGUAAGUAAAAAGAAGAAGACACCGGAGAAGAGUUCGAGAUCUGAAAGCACAGCAAACAACGUUGCUGGGAUUAAAAGAAAGCCAGAUGUAUUAAACAAUUCCGAUAACAGUAACAGCUCUCAAUCGACACCAGUUAAAAAGCUCAAAACAGAAGCGGCUUCACUGGGAUCAUCAACUUCUUUCGCGCCGUUUUCAAGCUCAAGAGACAGUCUCGGUAACACUGAAGAAGCUGUUCGUCGAUAUUUAAUGCGAAAACCGAUGACAACUACCGAGUUGUUGAAGAAAAUUCAGAUGAAUCAGUCUUUGUUUGUAGGAAUACUUUGCAUAUGGUUUACAGUUAAUGGACAACUUAGUCUAAAAAACGAUUUAAAAUCAAAAUUUCUUAUUCCAACCACAGUUCCAGUGUUUCCCAAUUCUGAAGUAGCUUCUUGUUCAUGUGCAGUCUUCCUUAGCGGUCAAUUUAAGAAAGGUUCAUCAGAACAGCCUCGUGGUGUUCCAGCUUUAAUUCAAGAAACAGAAUAUAAAUUUCCUUGUUCUGCAAGUGGAACCAAAUCAUGUAUAAACAAAUGUUUAGAGUCUAUUGUCAAACAUCUCCCAAAUUCACCAGCAAUCAUCUGUGGAACUAUUGACAGAGAUUGUCAUCGAGAGAGGGCAUAUCUAUGGACGCAAAAUUGUAAUGGCACCAAAUGGAUCAACAGUAACUUAUCAGCUGGUCGUGAAUUUUGCUGUAAAUCUGGUGAACCAGUAGGAUGUCUUGAUCUUCAUAAGAUUUAAAACCGAAUUUAGUGAUUUCAUUUAUGCGAUAAGAACUAUGACAAUUUUUUGAAAUUUUAAAGUACCAAAUAAAUAUUAAGAAUCAUUCUUUCUAUCUUAUUACAUCGA